CCAAACAAAGCGAUACAGGGAGGGAACCUCGAUCUUCUUCUUGCCUAUUCGCUCAGUCUUCUUCCCUCCCUCCCAUUCUCAUUUCUCUCUCUGUCACUAUCUUUCAUCUUAUUUCCCAUCUUUAUCUGUCUUGUACCCUAGUGAAAAGGGUUUUAUUUUUCUUGAUGGCUCGUAAUCUCUGCAACUUUCUUCAUGGAUUGAAACCAAUGAUGAUGAUGGUGGUGGUUCAGAUCGUCUUUGCAGGUGUAAAUGUAUUCUAUAAGCUAGCAACCAUGGAUGGAAUGAAUCUACAUAUCUUGAUUGCCUACCGAUACAUCUUCGCCUCCAUUUUCUUGGCUCCCCUUGCUUUCUUCGUUGAAAGAAAUAGCAGACCAAAAUUGACGUGGAUGGUCAUCUUCCAAGCUUUUCUUUGCGGCUUAUUUGGGGGAACAUUGUCUCAAAACUUGUACUUGUCAAGUUUAUCGUUAACAUCAGUGACAUUCGCAGCGGCCAUGACAAAUCUUAUUCCAGCUAUAACCUAUAUCAUGGCUGUGACUUUCGGGCUAGAGAGGCUAGGGAUUCGGACAUUAGUGGGGAAAGCGAAGAUGGUAGGGACUACCAUAAGCAUAGGAGGGGCGAUGGUGCUAACAUUAUACAAAGGAGCGGAGAUCAACAUUUGGUCAACAAAAGUUGACCUUACACGUGGAUAUGGGAACGGAGAGUCCACAUCAGCUUCACACUCAGAGUCUGGUAAUCACGUAUUGGGAUCAUUAUUGGCUCUUGGUUGCUGUUUCUCUUAUGCAGUCUGGUUGAUCAUUCAGGCUAAGAUGAGUGAGAAGUACCCAUGCUCCUUAUCAAGCACAGCCCUAAUGUGUAUGACGGGUGCAACACAGAGUGCCAUUUAUGCUCUAUGCAUAGAGAGGAAGUGGGACGAGUGGAAGCUUGGAUGGAAUAUUAGACUUUGGACUGUGGCUUAUGCGGGAAUAAUGGCAUCAGGGUUGAUGUUUACGAUGGUAUCAUGGGGUAUAAGGGAAAGGGGUCCAUUAUUUGUAUCCGUUUUCAACCCUCUAAUGCUUGUGUUGGUAGCAAUCAUGGGCUCCUUACUCCUCAAUGAGAAAUUACAUGUUGGAAGCAUUGUAGGGGCAAUGCUAAUAGUUGUGGGGUUGUAUAUGGUGCUCUGGGGAAAAGGGAAGGAGAUGGAGAAGAUGUCUCAGCUUAUGCCCUCGAAGAGCUCGAGAGAAGGAGAUCAAAUCAAUAUAGUUGUCACUACUACCACCCGCAGCACCACCAGCAAUAGCAAUAUUAACAAUUAACUUUUCAAAUGAGAGUCCUUAUAAUUUGAUCAAAGUUGCCCAAGUUGAAUCACCAGCCAUAAAAAUAGAGGACGAAGAAGUGGUGGAAUCAUUACUAGCCAUAGAGCAUUGAUAGUUGUGAUUUAGUAUUUGAAAGAACCCGAACAUAGAAAGAAAAGGCCAAAAGGAUGAAAAGGAAAAGACAGAAAAAGCAGUUUUUGAAUAGUAUAUUAUAAAGUUUAUAGCCUGAAUUUAGUGGA